CAUAUACUAAUGCUCGCUGAGCCCAUCUAUUUUCUAUUUUUAUUUUGAAACCCUAAUUUCUUAAACCUCUUCCAUAAAUCGCCGCUGCACUGCAUUCCAUCAUCUUAUUCAGGCGAAUCAGCUCACACUCAGGGUUUUUGAUCUGCACCCAUCCCUCUUGUCUUCCUUCAUCGUAGCCGAAAGCCAUGUCGAAGAGAAAGACUAGAGAGCCCAAGGAAGAGAAUGUCACGCUUGGACCUGCUACUAGGGACGGAGAAUUGGUCUUUGGUGUUGCCCACGUUUUUGCCUCGUUCAACGACACCUUCAUUCACGUGACCGAUUUGUCUGGGCGUGAGACCAUGGUCCGCAUUACAGGUGGUAUGAAGGUUAAAGCUGACAGGGAUGAAUCAUCUCCCUAUGCUGCUAUGCUUGCAGCGCAAGAUGUUUCUCAGAGAUGCAAGGAAUUGGGUAUCAAUGCUCUUCACAUUAAGCUCCGUGCUACUGGGGGCAACAAGACUAAGACCCCGGGUCCUGGUGCUCAGUCUGCACUUAGAGCCCUUGCGCGUUCAGGCAUGAAGAUUGGUCGGAUAGAGGAUGUGACUCCGAUUCCAACCGACAGCACCAGGAGAAAGGGUGGCAGAAGGGGAAGGAGGCUUUAAUUUGUCAUUUUGUCAGGAUUCUAGGGAAUGUGGUUGGGAUCCUUUUUAUGAAGAUGAAAAUUGUUAUUCGGUUUUUGAACAAUUUCAGUUUAAACAUGAAAAUCUUAUGUUUGAUCUACAAUGAAGACAUAUUUUCUAGAGAAUAUUCAUAUUAAUCUUCGACUUAA